UAUUUUGUUGAUAUAAACAACUAUAAACCACUAUCUUGUCUCUCCUCUCCUUGUUCCUCCUCUUCCUCCAAUCAGAGCUCUCAGAUUGACCCGGAGGAGUUGUUCACUAAGCUGGACCGCAUCGGGAAGGGGUCGUUCGGAGAGGUGUUUAAAGGCAUCGAUAAUCGAACUCAGAGCGUGGUGGCGAUCAAAACGAUCGAUCUGGAAGAGGCGGAGGACGAGAUCGAAGACAUCCAGCAGGAAAUCACCGUGCUCAGCCAGUGCGACAGCCCCUUCAUCACCAAGUACUACGGGUCAUAUCUGAAGGGCAGUAAACUAUGGAUCAUCAUGGAGUAUCUGGGCGGAGGAUCGGCGCUGGAUUUGCUCCGUGCAGGUCCGUUUGACGAGGCUCAGAUCGCCACCAUGCUGAAGGAGAUCCUGAAGGGCCUCGACUACCUGCACUCAGAGAAAAAGAUCCACCGAGACAUCAAGGCUGCCAACGUGCUGCUGUCGGAGCACGGCCAGGUGAAGCUGGCGGACUUCGGGGUGGCCGGCCAGCUG